CGUCACUAAGUUGGUCGCUAUCCGCUCUGCUAGUGUGACCUGCCUGUCCUCCAACUAUCCACAUCUGACAGCCGGCCAUCUAAGGACAAGAACAGCAAUAAUCAUGGUUUUCGAGGAGAAGAUGAUCAUGAACGGAGAGCCUGAGGAUGAGGAAGAGGAGGAAGAAGAGGAGGAAGAAGACAUGGUGGAUCCCCUUGAAACGAUGCGACAGAAGUGUGAAGAGACGGAGCACUGCGUUCACACUCGGGAGCGCCUGGAGCAUUGUGAGAGCCGAGUUGGCUCUCGGUCUUCGACAGCGGAGGAUUGUACUGAGGAGCUCUUUGACUUCCUUCAUGCCCGCGACCACUGCGUGUCACACAAACUGUUCCAUUCAGUCAAAUGAAGUCCUCCCUGAAGGUUGCACAACUGGAUCGAUGACAUUCUUCAAAGAUAAUUAGGAGAACAUUGUUUUAAAUACAUCCAUAUGUGGAUCUGCUGCAUGUUGUAACUUUAAAUGUAUACAUUACUGUAUCUGCUUGUGUGAAGAAACCUAAGUAUUUAACAAGGUAGCCUGAGUCAACAUUUCAUUAAAGUGGAAGGCUUGAAAACCUUACCUGGUGUCACAAGUUUAUUUUAUGACUCUAUAACAAUACAAAUUGGUACAAACUCUUGUCAUGCUGAACCACUAUAAAUGGAUUCCUGUAGAGAUAAAGUUUAUGUAAAGUUGUGAGGACCUUUGGGUAUGAAUGACUCCUCACAAAUUAAAGAUGGUUUAAAGAAACAAACACUUAAUCUGUAAAUGUUGUGUAUGCGAUUAUAACGCAAAGAGAAAAAAAAUGACAGUUUUCAUCUGGAGAUGCUUCACUACAAGCGGGAACAAAUGAUGCAAGGAUGUAACUUUAAAAAAUAAACA